CCCCGACAGCCGCAGCCACAGCCACAGCCACCACAGCGACAGCGACAGCCCCUUCUGUCCCCUCCUCCCAGCUGCACGCAGCCCCGCCAGCCAUGUUCUCAGAUGUCUGGCGGGACCCCACACAUGUCUGGAGGGAUCCCGCACUCAUACCACCGCCACCAUAUACGCGUCAGCAGCACCCACCGCAGCAACAGCAGCCUCCUGUGGCUGCCACAAGGGCUGCCGAUGAGCAGCAGGUGGCUGCGCAGAGUGACGAUACCGACCAGCUGGGUCUGGACAGGGUGGGCUGGGGCAAAGCAAAGCAACGGGCGGCGAUCGAUCCAAUCCCUUCGCACUGAUGUCUGUGUGUGUGUGUGUGUGGUGCUGUUUGUUUGUGACGCAGGAGCGUGCGCGUCAGUUGGUGGAGCGGCUGCGAGCCACUGGGGAGGAGCGGUUCGCACAGUCCAAGUUCGUCAGCUUUGUGGACAAAGUGGCCAAGGGCGACAUCAACUUCAGACAAAACAAGGCAGGCCGACCACCAACACAAUCCAAUCCAAUCCACCAACACGCUUACUGGUGUGUGAAAUCAAAUCAGGUUGUUGACCGAGAGGGCCGGGAGGUGGACUGGGACGAGCUGUACGCCUCACAGCCGUCACCACACCACCAACAGCCGCUGGAAGAGUCCCUCAACGACGCAUGGGACAACGCACUCAACGAGGUACGCACCAUGUGACUCAGCCUGUCGCCAAUGCAUUCCAUUCAUUUCUCCUCAUUGUGUGUGUGUGGUGUGUUGUUUCAGUUUGUGGCCAAGGGUCCGGAGGAGAUGCAGCAGAUGUGGCGGGAGCUGGUGCAGGCCAACGAGGACGGCACCGCGGCCGACGGCGACACCAGGCAGGAGGCGCAAAAACUCGAGGACUUUUUCGAAAAGACAUGGCAGAGCUUCAAGCCGCCCGAGGAUAUGGGUCAGUCAGUGAGUCACUGACCAGCAAACACAUUAUGGGCAUUCAUUGUUGCUGUGCCCUUGCUGUGUCAGAGUCGCUGUGGCGGGAGGUGGAGGCGAAAGAGGCCUCCCCCGAGCAGCCACAGUACCAGUUCCAGCCCAACAACCCCUACACCAACAUGCCGUCCCCCCUGCAGCUGGCGCAGGAGCACCUGCAGGCGGGCCGCACCGAUGAGGCCAUACUGGCGUUGGAGGGUGAGGUCUCUCAGAACCCCGAGAGCAGCGAGGGCUGGCGGCUGCUGGGUCAGCUGCACGCCGAGAACGACCAGGACGUGGAGGCCAUCUACUGCCUCAAGAAGGGACACGAGGUCGACCCCUAUAACCUCGACAGCCUCCUGGCAUUGGGGGUGUCGUGCACUAACGAGUUGGAUGCGCCGCAGGCACUCAGGUCAACAGACAGACAGACAGACAGACAAAUUGGGAGGCGUCUGUACCCAGCUAUCUAUCCAUUGUGCGUGUGGGGGGCGUGUGUGGUUCUGCGGUUGGUGAUGCGAUGCAGUCACCUGAAGACAUGGCUGGCAAAUCACGAGGAGUUCCAGAGCCUUGACGGCGUCACGGUAAGCACCAGAAGCACCCACACUCCCAGCCACCAACCCAUCCACUCAUGUGUGUGUUGUGCUUGACUGAUCAGGCCCCCACGCCCCCGCUGAGCGAUUUUCUUGCUGUCAAGCAGCAGGUGGCCUCCCUCUUCACGCGUGCGGCGGCCAUGAGUUCAGUCGUCAACAGCCCCGCCCUCACCGAUGUGCACGUGGCUUUGGGGGUCGUCCACACCAUCGACCGCAACUUCGAGGCCGCCAUCCACCACUUCGCUGAGGCACUCAAGGCCAGGUCAGACAGACAGCUGAGCACCCCAAUGGAUGGAUGGUAUAGUUGUCAUUGGAUGGAUGGAUGGAUUUAGGCCGAAGGACUACUCUCUGUGGAACAAACUGGGUGCGACUUUGGCGAAUUCGGGCCACUCCGAGGCCUCCUUGGCAGCGUACCACCAGGCGCUUGCGCUGAAGCCCAACUACACCCGGGGCUGGUCCAACCUGGCCAUCGCACACGCCAACCUCGGUGGGCUUGAUACACACAGCCAUGCCAUGGAGACAGGGGAAGGAACGAUGAGAUGAGUGUGUGUAUCUCUCGGGUCGGGUGUGUGUCAGAUCACUAUGAGGAUGCGAUUCGGUUUUACUUGACGGCGCUGUCGCUCAACGGGAAGGCCAAGCACAUAUGGCACUACAUUCACACCGCUCUCCUGCACCAAGGUCCGUCAGUUUGACAGCGCAGCGGGGGGAGAGAACUUGUGGUUGUCCCAUGCAUGUCAUCCUUUAGGUCGUUAUGACCUGCUGACGGCUGUCGAGCAGCAGAGCGUCCCAGCCCUUGCCACACACUUCCCCGUAAGCAGUGACACAAACGCGUCAAUCACACCACACACACAGGCCAACAGCAGCAACGUGUGUGGUUGUGUGUCGUUGCUGCCAGGGUGUGGUGAGUCGUGAUGCGCUGCCGCCUCCCUCCUCCGAGCCGCCAGAGGACAGCAAGCUGGUGCUCUCGCGCAUAUACGCCUCACUGGCACACGGAUAAUGAGACGACACUUGCGCAUUUCUUCCAUGUCCAUCUGUGGUUCGGUUGGUCGGUAAUCGCAAUUUUUUCGUGCUGUAUGGUGCGUGCGUGAGGGUUUUUCAGAGGCAGGCGGACCGUCAGAUGGUUCGUUCGUGUGCGCCUAUUGCUGAUGCCGUUCGUUGAGGGUGUGUGUUGCGUGAGUGUUCAUAGCCAUGACGCGGACACGUACGUUCCAAACGAGUCCGUCGAAUAAGUC